CUCAAUGAAAUAUUCAAAGCAAAACCAAAAUACGAAAUGAAAAAUGCCAGUGAUUUUUCGAGUUUGUAUUAUUAUGUCAAUUCUGCGGUGUUCUACUUGGCAAUGCUUGAUUAUCCAUAUCCGGUUAAUUUCCUCGAACCGCUUCCUGGAUUUCCGGUUAAAUAUGCAUGUACUUAUGCGAAAUCGGCGCCAUCGGAUAAUGUGGCAUUGGCCAAACAGUUAUAUGAAGUCAUCAAUGUUUAUUACAACUAUUCUGGAACUCUUGAUUAUCAUUGCUUUACGAGAGACUGCCCAGAUACAACCGCAGGAUCACUUGAUGUUGGCCUGGGAUGGGCUUGGCAGGUUGGUUUUCCGUAA